AAGUUUAACCAAAGUUAAACAUUGUACAUAGACCACAUGAAAGCUGUCAGUCCGUCACGAAUCCUAACAAACUACAUUAACUACAGCAGGUGUGAGUGGCGUUGAGAGAUAUGUGUUGUAUUAUUAUUGUACAACAGCACUAUACUUGUUGAAGUAAAAUGACUAUGGAUGACGCAGCAGAAGAGUUCGUCGUUGAUGAAGUCAGUGCAAUUAUUAAGGAGGCUAUAGAAGUUUCUAUAGGUGGAAAUUCGUAUCAGCACAGCAAAGUUAACCAGUGGACAACAGCAGUGGUGGAAAGUUGUUUAAAUGGAUUAGUAAAAUUGCACAAGCCGUAUAAGUAUAUUGUUACAUGCACGAUUAUGCAGAAGACAGGAGCGGGUCUCCACACAGCAAGUUCCUGUUACUGGGACAAUGCCUCGGACGGGAGCUGUACAGUCCGUUGGGAAAAUAAGUCUAUGUACUGCAUCACGUCAGUGUUCGGUCUUGCAGCAUAAAACAAAUGUUAUCAGUCUACAGCCAUUGAUGCCAGGUUUCACAGAACUGAUGCAUAUUCUCUCUAUUUAGUUGUUUUACCAAUCAUAAUUUGGCGUUAUAUGUGGAAAUUUAAUGAGAGCACUAACUAUUUCUAGAGUGACAAUUCUGUACACACCAACCUUAUAAUAUUAAAUGAUGAGUUAGGGCUUUGUUAAAGUGGAAGAUGUUUUAGAUCUGUCUAUACAGAAUUGAUUUUCAUUCCAGUUCUGAGACUUCACAGCGGCUUGUGCAUUAUUCACACACACAUGAGCAUUGUUCUUCAUAAAAGUAAUGAAUGAUCAAGCAAUGUAAUAAUUUUACUGAAUUUAUGUAGCAAAAGUUUCAUAAGUAUUAAUUAAUUUUGUGUAUUACUUGUAAGACACUCAUAAAGAAAAUAAUAAAAAGAAACUAAGAAUGUGGACAAUG